AUGUCGCGACGCGGACAGCGGAGUGCACCGUCGUCGUCGACAAGGGCUACGGGCGAGGGCGAGAGCCUGGCUUAUGCUUCGAUGGAGUUCCUUCUCAACGAGAUUGUGCGCGAGUGGCAGCGGCCUGACCGCCUGUCAAAGACAAGCAACAACGGCGAGGACGAUGCUUCCGGCAAAGACGGCGGCUCAGGCUCGGGCUCGGGCUCGGGCUCGGGCUCGGGCUCGGGCUCGGGCUCGGGCGGUGACGGCUCUGCUGGCGGCGACGAUGUGGGGGCGAGCGAUGCGGAUGCCGGACACGUAGAGGUGCCGCUACCAGUGAGCGUGACCGCGAGUCUGGCGCCGGUGGGGCAGGGCUCGUCUGGCUCGAGCUCGGCGACGGUGAGCAAGUCUGUGGAGAACAUCGGGUUCCGGACCGGGCAGUGCCUUGCCGAGCGGUGGUCGCUCAAUCGGCGGCGGUUCGGCCAUCUGGAGGAUGUGCUUACGUUUGUGGCUAACGACGUAUGGCCGCGAGUCUAUCUUCGCGCCAUGGACGGAGUCAGCCGCCGCGACGGCUCACGGACAGUGACCAUGAAGGACACGCGGUUUGCCGGAAUUGCGCACCUGUCGCUAGCGGCCGCGCCCGGCGACGCGCUCCGGCCGUACCUGGACUAUCCAUGCGGCCUCAUCCGUGGCGUGCUGUUCAAUCUCGGUGUCGACGCCUCGGUCCGCGCCCGCGUCUCGCGCGGCCACGUCACGUCGUUCUCGAUCCGCCUUCGCUCGUCGACCGUCUACGAUCUGGGUAGCCAGAACUCGCAGAUGCAUGGCGCCGGGGCUGCGGUCACUGAGUCAGUGAUCGACCCAGGGGAGGACAUUGCGGUCAAGUCCAAGACCAAUCCGCUGUACGAGGCACCCAAGAAGAAGAGCGAGGCCAAGGGCGGCAAGGCGAGUGGCAAGGGGAGCAAAGGCGGCAAGAAGGGGAAGAGGGGCAAGAAGGGCAGCAAGGGCAGGCUGGUCACCGAGACUGUGGUCGACCCGCUGGCGGCAGAGCUCUCUGUGGCCGCGACGUCGCUGACGGGCGUCGACGACGACCCGCUCAAGGCGCUGCAGGCCAACAAGGACCGCGACGCGGAGUUCUACGCCUCGGAGCUGGGGCUCAAGGGUACAGGCGGCGCUGCGGACAUGGACGACGACGGCUUUGUGCCGUGGGAGCACCGCAAGGCUGGCAUUCUGGCGACGUACACCACGUCCGAGUCGCUCUCGAUCACCACGUCGUUCAUCCAGGCGCAGGCGCGGGUGCCGGCCGACAAGGUCAAGGCCCGGCUGGAGGAGCUCGGCGGCGACGACGAGCUGCAGGAGCUGGCGAAUCUCUCGCAGAAAGAGUAUAUUUCGCACAUCGAGACGCUCAACAACAAGCUCAAGACAGCGUGGAAGAACGAGGAGCGGGUCAAGGCGCUCAAGAUUGCCAUCCAGGCGGCCAAGAUGCUGUCGGACACGUCGCCGACUCGGUUCUACCCGUCCAAGUUUACGCUUGUUACGGAGAUUCUUGACUCGUUCGGCAACUUGGUGUUUGAACGGAUCCUGCGCAAGGCGGUGGCCGACUGUGGGCGCGAGCUCGGCGACGCUUUCCACGCGUCGGACAUUUCGCAGAUGGCCAAGGAGACGUGCCGCAACUGGUUCUACAAGAUUGCGUCGAUCCGCGAGCUUCUGCCGCGGCUGUAUGUGGAGAUGGCCAUCAUGCGGUGCUACCAGUUCCUGACGGACAACGCGUACCCGGACGCGCUGCGGCGGCUGUCCCGGAUGUUGCGCGGGUUGGGCGACCCGCUGGUGGCCAUCUACGCGCGGACGUAUCUGACCCGGCGUGGGUACAUGGUGGCGCCGGGGCUGAAGGACUACGUCAUCUCGGGCUUUUCCGACUUUCUCUUCACCUGCUCGCAGAUUUCGUCCAAGAACUUUGAGCACGACUUGCUUGCGCGCGACAUGACGCUCGCCUCGUACUACGACCUCUUCUCGCCUGCAGUCGACUGGCUGCUCUCGUGCAUCACGCAGGGGUCAGGCUCCAACGUCUCGGAGUUUAUCGUCGGGCUCUACGAGGAGCAUGUGCCGGUGGCCAUGGUCUUCAACCACGUGCUCGGCUGCCUUUCGCCGCAGUACAUUUCGGAGCACGCGCUCAAGUUUGUGAACAUGGUGGGCGACGCGGACGAGACGUUUCCCAAGCACAAGCUGUACCGGGCGCUCGGCGUCAACCUUGUUCUCUGCCCGCCGCUGCAGCAGCAUCAGAUGGAGGUGCUCAACGAGGUGUGGUCGGUGGUGACGGCCAUCGAGGAUCCCGCAGCGUACAUGGAGGUUGCCGAGGUCUUUAUCGAGUAUCCGGUCAAGCACUGUUCGCUGGCAGACGUGGACCGGAUGCUUGGCGACAUUCUUGCGCACGUGGCCAACGACGAGCGGUCGUACGAGGCGCUUUUCCCGCAGCUCGCCUCGGUGGUGUCCAAGAUUCUGGCGCACAUCCGCGACUUUACGGCGCUCUUUGGCCUCGCCAACUUUAUGCCGCUCAUCGACUUGUUUGACGGCGAGGCGGCUGUCGAGGUGGCGCGCAACGUACUCUCCACCUUUGCCAAGUACCAGCACCCGACGUUCGACCCGGUCAUUGUCAACGGCAUGUUCUACAUCGGGCGUGUGGUGCACGACUCGGUCGACGCGCUCACCUUUGACGACGAGGUUCGACAGAUCUCGGCCCUCCUUGUCUCGUUUGUCCGCAAGAUCUCGUUUGGCCGCAAGUUUGAGGCGCACCUCAACUUUUUCGUCGAGUGCCGCCAGGCCUUUGCCAACCUCGACCGGGUCAUCCAGGCCCUCGUCCUCGGCGCGUCGGACCUGGCGAUGAAGACCAAGGCGCUAGUUGGCGGAAAGCACAACCGCAAGACCGCCGGCUUUGCCCGGGCAUGCCUCGCGUACUGCUUUAUCACCGUGCCCUCGAUCGAAGACGUCUUUGCCCGGCUCACGCUCUACCUGCACUGCGGACGCAUCGCCCUGCUCAACGGGGCGCUCCCGCAGGCCGACGCCUUUUUCCGCACCGCCAUCUCGGUCAUUCCCGAGGUCCCGCACUUUUCGGAACGCUCGGCCAACGUGUCGUCGACCGGCCCGUGGCUGGUGGCGUACAUCAAGAACUUUGCGGCGACGCUGGUGGCGGUGCCUGGCCACCCGCAAAAGGGCCCGUUCUACCUGGCCAAGGCCCUACUCUCGGUCAUCUCGUCGUACGUGUGGGAGAAGAACUCCGACUACCAGCUCGAGGCCUUUGUCCACGUCCUCGCCCUCUUUGUGGCCCACGCCCAGGAGGCACUUCCGUACGCCUACGCCGGCAUCGAGCAGAACUCGCGGCUGUAUGGCGGCGACCCUGCGUACGGCCGCGAGAUCCAGGCCGUCAUCGAUUCGAUCUUUGAGAUUGUGCUCAAGUACAUGGCCGACUUUGGCGACUCGCCCGACGCCAGCACACGCCGCCGCCAGGGCGCCGUCGCACUCGAGGUUGUCAACGUCCUUAUCGCCCAGUUUGAGCCGACGCCCAAGCUCUGCGUCCUCCUCUCCUCGCUCUUCCAGGUCGCAGCCAAGAACGUCUCGCCGUCCAACACCAAGUGCCUCGCCCACACCUACGCCCACAUCGGCAACAUGGUUGCCGAGGCCGAGGGCGAGUUUGAGGACGAGGCCCGUGAGAAGGCCAUGGCCUUUAUGUGGCAGACGUGCAAGUCAGUCAUGCCUGCCACCACCUAG